AUGUUUAAUCACAUGAUUAAAUAUCAAGAUGAAGAGUGUAGCGGGAAGCUGCCUUUUGGCCCGCAAAUCACCUAUCUGCUGGCAAUCUUAGGGGUUGAUUUGCGUGGAAAAAUUACUAACAGGGAUGUUCAUUUAGACCUUCAAGCUCAGCAUGUUCUUCGCCGCACUCUCUCGGAGCUUGGACCUCGAAAACUUGCCAAAGUUCAAGGGGGAGACAAAUCUGCUCAGUCUGAAUCCAAACCUAAUGAAGACGACAAUACUGCAGCGUUGUUUGCGCGACUUGGCAAAGGAAAGGAAGUGACAGAAUCGUCCGGAAAGCGCAAGAGGGGUCUAAACAUGAGACAUCUCCAGGAAGGGAUAAAGCUGGAGAAGGAGGGAAAAGUUAUUCUUCAUGAUCUCACCGUGGCCCUAAAAGGGAAAGAGGCCAGUUCUUCUGGCAAGAAGGUUAACAAGGUUUUAUUCUUACCUUCGGAGAAUGAGGAAGACGACCCAUCAGAGUAUGCUUCGUCUCCGGAUUACACCUACUAG